GGGUAAUAUAGUAAUCGAUGAAAACAUAACAACCAGGAGAACUGUGUAUGACUCAGAUUUGCAUCAGUCAACGCAGUGUGAUUGUUGGAUGAUCGGAGAUGGCGGAUGCCGCAGUGACGUUCCUCUUGGAAAAUUUGGUGCAGCUAGUGAGGCACCAAGUGAGACUCAUCGGCGGCGCGGAGCGUGAGCUGGAUCUGCUGAAAGAUGAUCUGGUGUCGUUGAAUAGCUUCCUCCGCGAUGCGGCCAAGAUGCCGAACAAGCCGGAAGGGUUCCGAGACAUAGAGAGGCAGAUCCGAGAUGUGGUUCACGAGGCUGAAGACACCGUCGACUCUUGCAUGACCCACGCUGCAGCUGCAGCUGCUGCACCUGCAACUAAGAAGAAGGUCAUAUCAAAGGCAUUGAAUUCCAUGGGCAUACGUUUCAAUCCAACAACCGUCAACCUCGCCCAAGAAGUCAAAUCCCUUAGAGAGAGAGAGAGAGGUGUUGUCGAGAUGGUCAACAAAGCCCAUAGAUUUCGGGAAACUGCAAUGGCUAAGGCCUCCCAACCACGCCUACAGGAUUUGCCUCCCAACCCCAAGCUCCAGAUAAUCAGGGAAGAAAACGUGGUAGGUUUUGAAGAAUAUGAAAAUAUAAUCUUAGGAUACUUAUGGGAAACAAAGGAGGAAUUGGAUAUUAUCUCCAUCAUUGGUAUGCCGGGUCUGGGGAAGACAACACUAGCGUGGAAGAUAUUCAAGAGUGAUCUCGUGAAGCACGAAUUCCCCAAUCGCAUCUGGGUUUACGUUACACAGACACCGAAUAUCAAGGAUGUGUUCCUCAGCAUUCUCAAGGAAUUCACCAGUGAUGACAUGUCAGGUCUAAGUGAUUAUGCAUUAAAAGAUCGGGUUCAGUUUUAUCUCAAAGAGAGAAAAUUCUUGCUAGUCUUGGAUGAUGUGUGGACUAUGGAGGCUUGGAGUGCUAUCCGAACGGUUUUAUCCAAGAGCAAUUACAUGAGUAAAGUCAUCAUUACCAGUCGCGAGAAGAGUGUUGGAGACAAAGCUAGUCAACCAAGGGAAUCCUUUGAGCUACCCUUCUUGAAGGAUCCACAAAGUUGGGAACUUCUCCAGUAUGAAGUAUUUGGUAAACUCAACGUGUGCCCUGAUGAUUUGAAAGUUAUUGGGGAAUGUAUAGCUCAUAAUUGUCAUGGAUUGCCACUUUCAAUUGUGGUGAUAGGAGGAAUUCUUGUGGAACAACGUGCAAAGAAUAAGGAUAUAAGAGCAAUAGAAGAAGCAUGGGUUAAGGUGUCGAGCGAUGUGAUAGAAUUCUUAAAAAAUGACAAGAAGCAGCAAGUGUCAGAUAUUGUCGAAUUAAGCUACAAAAGACUACCUGAUGAGCUGAAAGAUUGCUUGCUAUAUUUUGCGGUGUUUCCAGAAGACUAUGAGAUCUCUACUUGGAAAUUGAUCCGCUUGUGGAUUGCAGAAGGUUUUAUACAAGGAAAGAACUUGGAAGAAGCUGCAGAAGAGAAUCUAAAAGAUUUGAUAAGCAGGAACUUAGUGAUGGUUGUCAAAAGAAAUUCCAAAGGUGAGGUUAAAACAUGCCGCGUUCAUGAUGUCGUGCAUGCAUUUUGUGGUUCAAAAGUUUCACAAGAGCAGGAAAGGUUCUUCCUUGAAAUGAAACUUGUAAAUGGAGAUUUUGUCCCUCCACUAUCUGAGAUUGACAAACCCCGCCGCCUCUGUGUCCAUUCUGAUCUUGAGACCUUCUUGGCUCGGGAAGGAAAGAAGAAAGUUCAUCGCAUUCGUUCUCUUUUAUGCUUCUACAAGACACCAAUAAAUUUCCCUAAAAAGUAUGCACCAACUAUGGUUGAUGAAUUGGAUAUGCUGAGAGUUUUGGAAUCUGAAUUCAUCAGGCUGGAUCAGAUUCCUAGAGGUGUUACCAAACUAUUCCACUUGAGAUACCUCACUAUAUCUGUUGAGAAUCUGAAAACUCUUUCUAAAUCCUUCUCUAGCUUGUGGAACCUCCAAACUCUUGUAGUCUACACAGAGCAGAAAUCUAUUGAAAUCGAUGCAAAGAUAUGGAGGAUGAUACAGCUGAGGCAUCUGAAGACAAAUUCAGUCAUUACAAAAGUAGACGAAGACGACGGUGAGGGUUGCAGGAGUCUCCAAACCCUCGGUAGAAUAUCACCUGAAAUUUGCACCACCAAAUUCUUCAACAAGGCCCCAAACUUGAAGAGAUUGAGCAUUCAAGGAAAGUUGGCCAUUCUGUUUAACCCAAAUCCCUUGCAAAUGCCGGAUCAACUUGAAAAGUUAAAGCUGGUGAAUACAUUCCAUGAUUCUGAAUCCCAACAGUCAAUGCGCUUUCCUAAGUUAACAAGUUGGUUCCCAGCAGAACUCAAGAUGCUGACUAUCGCGGGCACAAGUUUGGAUUGGAAGCAUAUGUCUACGUUGGCUACGAUAGCAACUCUGCAGGUCCUCAAAUUGAAAGACAACGCAUUCACUGGAAUGACAUGGGAGGCUGAUGGUGGAGGCUUCCACUCUCUCCAUUUCUUGCUCAUUGAAGAUACAAAGCUAUAUAUCUGGAAGGCCUCAAAUGAUAGUUUUCCCAAACUUCGGUUUCUUGUGCUUAGAAAGUGCAAAAUACUUAAAGAAAUUCCCGACGGUGUGGUGGGAUGCCUAGAGAAAUUGGACAUAGAGCACCUAUCAGCAUCUGGAGUUGAGUCUGCCAAGAAAAUAAAAAACACGAAAAAUGCAAAUCAAGGGGAAAAGGGAGCUUCCAGGUUCAAACUCACCAUAGGUGCCGGAUGCUAAUUCUAGCAAACCAGUUGGCUCCAUGUUCAGUGCCAGGGAAGAAUAAUGAAGUGAAGAAGACAACUGAUGAAGCUUGUCUUCGACCUCUCAAAUAAAUGUUCGCCACCUCUUUUGAAAAUCUUCAACAUGUUUGCAUUAGUACUAGCACUAUUUUGCUUGAUUCUAUUGCCUAAUUUGCUGCUCGGUUGGAUGCUGUUUGUUUAGCAAAAAUUGAACAAGAUACUAUAUUGUGGUUUGUUUAAGGAUUGUUUGUUUGUUUGUGUUGAACCACAUAAUAAAAGCUUUGAUGUUUGUGCUGGUUA